AUGAAAAGCUCUGUGCACGAUUUCCGUAAAGGCCUCAUUGACACACUACUUCAAAAUGUUCUUGAAAAUGUCACAGGUCAAAGAGACAAUCUCAGUGCUGCUGCUUGGCUCGAGACGCUGGUGGAUGUGGCCGAAAGAGUGUCGUUGGAAUCCGUGAAGCAAUGUAUAGUGCCUGUUGUUCAACAACAAGCCGAACCUGCUCAGCGUGUGCAGCGACGAAUCAUCGCCACUAAGUUGUUGCAAAAACUCGCCGACAUAUUGCCAGCCAAUGAGUGA